AUGGCUCUUCUAAUGGCUAGCACACAGUUCCGGCAACGUCCUGUUCCGACAAACAAGUGGAAACCCGGGCUUUUUCUCGAGGCGGUGUCUCACCUUCCUCCCCUCUUAGAUUGCCUUGGCUCUGCUGUUUUUUCUCCCAUCAAAGCUGAUAUUGUGGGUAACAUCACUAAAAUCAAGGCUGUGUAUGACAGCAACCCUACCAGGUUUAAAACCUUGCAGCACAUUUUGGAAGCAGAGAAGGAGAUGCAUGGAACUGAGUGGCCAAAAGUAGGAGCAACACUUGCCCUCAUGUGGCUGAAAAGGGGGCUACGCUUUAUCCAGGUUCUUCUCCAGAGUCUAGUGGAUGGGGAUAAAGAUGAAAACAACCCUAACCUCAUCAGAGUCAACAUCACCAAAGCUUAUGAGAUGGCAUUGAAGAGGUAUCAUGGCUGGUUUGUCCAGAAGCUCUUUCAAGCAGCACUAUAUGCCGCACCAUACAGAUCAGAUUUUCUCAAAGCUCUUUCUAGAGGGCGAGAGGUCAAGGAGGAAGAAUGCUUAGACAAAGUGCGGCAGUUCCUAGUAAACUUUACAGCUACUAUUGACGCCAUCUAUGAAAUGUACACCAAAAUGAAUGCAGAGCUGGACUACACUGUGUGAUCUCACAUUCACAAAACAAGCAAACUUCAGACCUCAUCUUCUGCCCUCCCGCUGGAUCACUGUCACCUCCCAUUAGACGCCUCCUUAGUCUCCUCACUGGACUGUUCUUCUGUCCUACUGGAUCCUGCAUCUCCAGCAGUAUACUGUUGUGUUUUCUCUAGGGGGACAAUUAUGGUCCAAGCUGCUGAAGUCUCUGAUGAUGGUUUCGGAAGGGAGGAUGUCUGUUAUUGUUUGUUCUGUUUAUGUUGACGGUUCGAAUGCCUUGGCUUUUCUUUAGAAGAGUAGUAUUCUUAAAAAACACAGUUUGUGAGUGUUUUAUAACUUUAACCACUAAUAAUUUCUGUUUGAUUCUUAAUACAUGUGCACUUUAAGUAUGUGUAUAUAAUGAUUAUGUAUGUGUUCCUUUAACAAUAUACUGCAAAUUUGAUUUUACUUAUAUAAAUUACACCAAAAACAAAAGUCUGCAGGCUCUCUAACCAAAUAUCUGACAUUGACUUUACUGCUGUUUGUUUUUACUUUGGAUUCUAUUUUAUGAUAAAAAUAUUCUUGAAUGUGACAAAAUAUAAAGAAACAACUUCUUUAUAAGUGACAAUGAAGACACUCUAUUGAGUUGCGAAACAUAUUCAGUAAAUAGUAAAAUUUCUAUUUCUAUCUAUUUCUAAAACUGAAGCAGUACAUCAAGAUGACCAUGUGAUUAAUGCCUUCUGGUGCUGAUUUGCUUUUCCACUGUAAUUUAUUAUCUUAAAGUGUCUCACAUUGAUCAUGAUUAUGUGUGGUCUCUUUUAAAAUCUCAUUAAAAUCAUGACCUUGUAA